AUGGCUUCAAAACUUGGGCCGCCUCAGAGGCGUUUCGCCCAACAAAACUCUCCUUCAACUGUCAAUCUUUUGUCUCCCCCUUCAUCAAGUACUUCUCCUGGCGUGCAGGCCGCGUUCGCCCAACCUCCCAGAACUCUGCGUGGCGUGGCCAGUGACGCGUCGCUCAACGCGUCGCGGUAUGGCUCUGAGAAGCAUGGUUCUGUACCUCAUUCUAUAUCUGACAAAUUUUCUCUGUCGCCUGAUCCGUCGUUGUGGGGUGCAGACCUGUCGCUUAACCACCAGGAGAGCGACGACUUCCUCCACAACCCGGAUCCAAGAAGGGACCGAAUGAAUGAUCAAGAUGGAAAUAUUUUCACGUAUAGAGGAAUUGUGAAUUUGGGCUGUGUGAUAAUAUUAUUGGUCGGUCUUGUCGCGCUAUUCGCAGGAUACCCUCUCAUCACUCACUUCACCCAGCACAAACCCUCUACCUUUGGAGGCUUCAACAUCGGCGGUAUGAAUGCAUCGGGCCAAGUACCGUCCAUGCCUGGUAAUUUUGGCCUCGUCGACACCGAUACACCGAAAGAAGCGCUGUACAAGUCAGAUUACAUCAACAAUAAAAAAUGGCAGCUGGUGUUCAGUGACGAGUUCAACGUCGAUGGACGGUCCUUCUGGCCAGGAGAUGAUCCGUACUGGGAAGCGCUUGACUUGCACUAUUGGCAGACGAACAACAUGGAAUGGGUGGAUCCGACCGCCAUCACCACCUCGAAUGGUUCGUUGAAGAUCACCAUGUCUGCGAAGAAAAACCACAAUCUCAACUAUACGAGUGGGAUGAUGACCACUUGGAAUAAGUUCUGCUUCACGGGUGGGCUCAUUGAGGUUUCGGUCGUCAUUCCUGGGUUCAACAAUGUUGUCGGCUUCUGGCCUGCUAUAUGGACGAUGGGCAACCUUGGCCGUGCGGGCUAUGGAGCUAGUCUCGAAGGCAUGUGGCCAUACACAUAUGACUAUUGUGAUGUUGGGACUAUGCCGAACCAGACGAACGCCGGUCUUCCGCUUGCUGCUACCGAGAACGGCGAUCCCAAUAACGGCAAUGCUCUGUCAUACUUACCUGGCCAGCGCCUAUCACGGUGCUCGUGCCCUGGGUCGUCUCAUCCUGGCCCCAUGCACGAAGACGGCACGUUUGUAGGACGAGCUGCUCCCGAAAUCGAUGUUCUUGAAGCGCAGAUUACUGGAGAUCCUCUCAUUGGACAGGUCUCUCAGUCUGGCCAGUGGGCGCCGUUCAAUCACGAAUACCUGUGGGACAAUACCUCGGACACCUACUCCAUCAAGAACACAAGUUCGACAUAUUUGAACUCGUACCUGGGAGCUGCAUACCAGCAGGCUACAUCUGCUGUGACAGAUAGCAAUCAGAACGCCUAUGAGCGUAACGGAGGAGAGUUUGCCGUUUAUGGAUACCAGUACCAACCUGGGUUUGAUGGCGCAUACAUCGGUUGGAUUGCAAACGGCGAGCUAGUUUGGGUUUUGCAGCAGCCAGCCAUGGCAGCGGAUCCCAUAGUGGAGAUCAACCAGCGUCCAGUGCCGCAGGAGCCCAUGUACGUUAUCGUCAAUCUGGGCAUGUCAAACAACUUCUUCCCCGUCGAUCUGGAGAAUCUUCCGUUUCCCGCGACAAUGAGCAUUGACUACAUUCGUGUAUACCAGGAUCCGAGUAAUAUCAAUAUUGGCUGUGAUCCCAAGGACUUCCCCACCGCCGCGUAUAUUAACGAGUAUAUGGAAGCUUACACGAACCCAAAUCUGACAACGUGGAGGGGCGAUUAUGGCCAGCCGUUCCCGAAUAACAGCUUCGCGGGCCCAUGCCCUUGA